AUGUCAGCCGAUGUUGUUGAAUAUUUGGAGUCUGAGAAAUUAUGCAAACCUAGUAUGUAUACAAGUGAACUUCAACAGCGUUUGUUAUUAGAUGGAGUUUCUCCUCCUGGUCAAUUACCAUCCCCGUCUGCAAUAAAAAAGUGCAUUCGGGAAGACUGCAGAAUGACAAAGAAAAAGGUUUCCCAAGUGCCUAAAGAAUCAUUGUCACAAGAAAAUACUGAAUAUACCGAUUUUUAUCUUGAUCAAAUUGCACAUCACAACUAUACAAAACUUCAAUUUUUUGACGAAUGUAGUGUAAUUGUAACUUCGGGAAAUCGCGUGUAUGGCAAUUCCUACAUCGGUGAACCAGCGAUUGAAAUUCAGCGAUAUGCAUCGAACGCUAAUAAUACACUCAACUUGCUUCACUCUGCAAACGGAGUGGAUUACUUUGAUGUUUUGAGAGGCCCAUCUAAUGGCAUGGAGCUGCUGAAUUUCUUCAAUGAAGCUCUGUCAAUAAAGAGGGUAGAUGGUUCAACAAUUCUAAAGAGAAUGGCGAUGUAG